CGCCGCCUGGCCCGCCCCGCCCAGGCUCGCCAAGGCUCCUUCGGGCGGAGCCAGCGCGGCGAGCGCCUGCAGUACGUUGACAGCGUGGUAGGGGGCCCAGAGCAAGCCAAAGGCCAGCACGAUGGCGACCACCAGCCGGCCCACCCGCGCCCCGUGCCGCCUGGCGCCCCAGCGGGUGCCCCGCAGCCGCACCAGCGUCACGCCGUAGCAGCCGAGCACCAGCCCGAAGGGCAGCACGAAGGCGGUCAGGGUCUCCAGGCUCAGGUGGGCGGCGGCGUGGGCGGGCGACGGGUGGCACAGCUGGCACACGCGGUCCGCCCAGAGGUGGCGGUACACGGCGGCCGGGCUGGCGAGCACCAGGGCGGCCAGCCAGACGGCCAGCAGCAGGCGGCGGGCCAGGGCCGGGCUGCGCAGCUGGGGCGCCAGGAAGGGGCGGGUGAUGGCGAGGCAGCGCUGCAGGCUGAGCAGGCCGGUGAGCAGCACGCUGGCGUACAUGCUGAGCGCGCACACGUAGUACACGGCCUUGCAGCCCGCCUGGCCCAGCGGCCAGGCCUGCCGGGUCAGGAAGGUCACGAAGAGCGGCGUGAGCAGCAGCACCGAGCCGUCGGCCAGCGCCAGGUGCAGCACGAGCGUCGCCGCCAGCGGUCGCCCCCGUGCGGGCCGCCAGCCCGCCAAGCUCCACACCACGAAGCCGUUGCCAGGCAGCCCCAGCAGCGCCGCCAGCAGCAGGAAGGCUGUGCCUGUGACCCGCGAGGUCUUCCAGCUCAGCAGCGUCUCGUUUCCCGGGGGACCGUAGCAAACCGACAUCCCUAGGCGCCUACGGGAGGCUGGAAAGAGCCAUGGAGCGCUUUCAGCUGAAAUCAGAGAUGGGGCACGGGGUACCGAAUGCUAAAGUCCUGAUGUCAUCAAAGGACCCAUCCCCUCUUCCGCCUUCCACAUCUCCAUGCCUAUAAAGUGGCCAGUGGAGAAAGGUGAGAGAAUGACUAAUCCAGUGCAGCUGAAGCAGGCAGUUCUUCUGAAGAGAAGUGUUGAGCCAGCCCCUCCCCUAGCCCACAGAGGGAAGAGCAUGAAAGAGGAAGGCCAGGGUCCCAGACAGGAUCCUGGUGAUUCUGGAUCCAUGGAUCAGGACCCAUCCUCCCCUCGCACCCCACCCAGGCACACUGCCUGGAGGUGUUCUAUUUUCUCCAAGCCCUGCCCAUCCUCAGCACGGCCUCCCUGUUCCUAAAGCUGCAGUUCAUGGCGUUUUCAGUAGGUGGCAGCACAUACAGAGCAAAUCACAUAACCAGCUUCACACAGAUUGGGAGCCAGGAGAAAUUGGCCCUAGAAAUUACCUCGAUAUAAAGAAACACACCGGAUAUCACAUUCCAUCCAAUUACAUAGUUCCCAUGUACCCUCACAUCACACGCUGCCACCAGAGACACACACACAAACUUCCAUGGCUUUUGCUGGACAUAUCUGGGCCUCCAUCCUUCCUCCACCACCCCACUUGGCCCUUCCCCUCCUCCCUCCCCUUGGACUUUGCCCUUCUCACUGGCCAGGCAGGGGGGCCAGAGUCCGGGCUUGACUCAUACCCCACCUCGCCGGGGCUGAGAUCCCAGCUCCGUAACAGAAAACACCACCACUUCAGCUCCAACCCCGCCGAGAACCACCGAGCCCAGACCUCCCGGGAGAGGCAACUCUCCUGCUCCUUCCCUCCACCAUGGAGUACCUCUCUGCCCUGGACCCCAGCGGCCUGCUCAGGUCAGUAACCAGUAUGAGCUCCGAUUUGGGCCGUAAGGUCUGGACCUCGGCUCCACCACCCCCGCGACCUUUCCGCGUCUGUGAUCACAAGCGGGCCACUCGGAAAGGCCUUACAGCUGCCACCCGCCGGGAACUGCUACACAAGGCACAGAAGACUCUGACACUGAGUGGAGUGCUAACACUGGUGCUGGAGGAGGAUGGGACCACAGUGGAGAGCGAGGACUUCUUCCAGCUGUUGGAGGAUGACACAUGCCUGAUGGUGCUGGAGUUGGGACAGAGCUGGAGCCCCAGCAGGAGUGGGGUGCUGUCGUAUGGCCUGGGCCGGGAGAAGCCCAAGCACAGCAAGGACAUCGCCCGCAUCACCUUCGACGUAUACAAGCAAAACCCUCGAGACCUCUUUGGCAGCCUGAACAUCAAAGCCACGUUCUACGGGCUCUACUCCAUGAGCUGUGACAUUCAAGGACUCGGCCCAAAGAAAAUACUCAGGGAGCUCCUCCGAUGGGCCUCCACACUGCUGCAAGGCCUGGGCCACAUGCUGCUGGGAAUUUCCUCCACCCUUCGUCAUGCAGUGGAAGGGACUGAGCGGUGGCAGCGGCAGGGUCGCCUCCAACCCUACUGAGAAGGGGCUCUGAGCUUCUGCCCCUAGACUCAUUCCAAGAGACAGACUGUAAGGACUGUGACAGCAUCAAGUUUGGGGCCUACACACAGUGCAGGCUCACUAACCCGCCUGUUUUCCCCAGUCUUCUGAUCCCAUAGUGACAGGCCCAUCAGCCUAACGCCUUCCACCCCAGCCUAUACCCAUUGCUGAAGAAUACUAUCCAUUCCUAGCCAUCUUUGCAGCCUCCCACUUACCCUGAAAGGCCACAGCCUGUCCACAGGCAUCUGGAUCCCACCCUGAUUGCUGCUACAUCUAGAGGUCCUUACCACUCCCCUCCUGUCCCUAAGCUCCCCAGUGCCCUGAAGAAAGCCCUCUCUAACUUUACCUUGAGAUCUCUAUUUCUUUGUACCCUUCCCCCACAAAAUAACAAAGGUGUUUCCAGUAAAAAUAUAAAAAUGUUUAUCAAUAAGACUUUUGACUCCAGUUUAAACUAGGAACAGGACAGGAUAGAUACUCCGUUUCCCCGUGCCCCAUGAACACCCAGUCCCAGAUCCAAAGGCCUUAGUCUUCAAGUAUUGAGUUCAAGGCCCGCCUCCGCUUGGCCACCGCCCCCUGCUGCUGUUCCCAAGCCUCUCGCCGCUUCAGAAAGGUAGUCAGGGCCACGUUUCGAGCUACAUGGUGGCCAAAAGGGUCCUUUAUCAGCUCCUGGUUCCGCGCCCCUGCAAAGGGAACCAUUCGUGUUCAGUAUCACCAUGCAGUCACCCACCCAUCCUUGAAGAGACUCUACUUGGGGUGAAAGUCCCUCCAUUUUUUUGGAACCCUGGGUCUGCCUCAGGAUAGAGUUAACACCUCACUGUCCAAAGAAGAGAAGUCAGGAGGAGGGGUGGGAGCACAGGGCUGCACAGUCCGCAGAGGGGCAGGGGAGAACAGACUGCCAAGAACCCGUGGCCAAGACCACCCUUUGGAACUGAAGUCUCUGCUUAAUUUAGGUCCAUUCCCAGCCACCCAGCUCUUUAGAGUGAGGAAAGGGGACACUUGGAAAGGUCAAAGAUCGGUGCUGGUACUCACCCAGCUCAGCAGCAAUUUCCUUCCGGGCCCCCAGGGCUGCCCCACUCCAGAUGGCAUCAAGCACACGGCUGCCGUGGCGACUACAGGCCAGAGCCACAUACUGUCCCUGCAUUGAGACAAGCAAGGUAGGGCCCUCUAGGGCAGUCCACAGAAGUGUGUUGGGUUGGGGUGGGCAUGAGGGCUGAAGUUCAGAGGCUGAGUUGAAGCAGUCUAGGAACUACACAUCCUCUCUGUGACUCCGAAGCAGAGUCCUGGGGGAAGCUCACAUUCUCUAAAUGGAGGAUGGCAGAGGAAUCAAAGCAGAAGCCAGAAAUCUAACCUUUAGGGUCUUCAGCACCCGGCGGCACUGCUUGCGUGUCACGGAGGGGCUGGUCAGGACAGCAUCAAGCACAUGGGAACCAGCAGGGCUUUGGGCCAGAGUCAGAAGCUGUGGUCCUGUCAAGGCACCCAAACUUCGAAGUAUAAUACCAGGACUGGAGAAGUGCAGCAAAUGCUGGAGCAGCAGAGACCCAAGGACUGUCACUUCCCCCAGGUCCCUGGCAGUGGCCAUUUCUACCUGGAAGGACAGAGACAGGGAAUUAGGAGGCAGCCACCAAACUGCCGCCUUCACUUGGAUGAAGCCAGAGAUCUCACCACCCUCACCUCAGUGGUGAGGGGCUUCCUAAGCCCUGGGAGGCCUGGUACCCAGUUAGUCACAGGUUUGGCCUCUCCCCUACCUCACCUGGUGCUCUGCGGGCACUGCCCCCUCCUCCUCUGCCAGUCCAUAGUACACCUCAUAAGUCAUCAAAGUGGCAAAGAGAGGCACACAGGCCACUUGCCGGGAAGAGGGCUCUGCACAGUGGAACGCCUAGAAAGGAAGACAAAACAUGAAACUGAGAACUAACCUCAAGCAAUUCAUCCCUAACCUCGACUUCCCAGACAGGGGAAAGCAUUCAGGACAGAUGAGAAUGCCUAACUCCACAAGAACAUAAGCUGCAUGCGGACAGGAUCUCAUCUGCCUUGCUGUAUCCAUAGCCUCCAUGUAUGUAACGGGCUGAAUAAAUAUUUAUUCCUUAAAACUUCUCUCUCUGCCCUGGGAGACUAUUUUCAUUCCAGGGCCAUGAGAUGGUUUUGGCUUCAUUUCCCCCUGUAUCUGUGAACUCCCUGGGCACUAGACCUCUUGGGUCCACAGAUACAACGACUGAAGAUUAGCUAAGUCCUAGCAGGUAGAAU